UGUAGUCGUAUGUAUGAGAGCGAUAGAGUGACGGAGCGUAAGACUGAGAGAGAGAGAGAGAGAGAGAGAGAGAGAGAGAGAGAGAGAUGACUACAUAUCAGAUCCACGCAGAGAGCUUCCCUUCACAGAAAAAAAAAACUCCUCCACUGAAGAUGGAACCACUGGAUCGCAAUGCGCCUCCGUACCCAUGACCAAUUAAGAGGGAGCCAACAAUUAUUGUCUUUGUGGAUCCGGACACGCGUUGACUUUGUCAUCUUUUCACGCUUUCAAGAGACACAUAUAGAGCCAUUGUCUUUUUAAGUGUAACGCGUCGUUUCUGUGGAUUAUAUGGAGGUGGUUGGAUCUUAAGGACGGAGUGCGUCAAGUGAGCGCACGUAUCCAACAAGUGGAUGCAUGAAUUUGCUCGCGGCAGACAAACGCCGGGACUGAAAGCACAAACAAUCAGUGGAUUGAUAACCUACAAAUCGGCGUAUCGAUUGAUCACUUUACAACAGAGACAAAUAACCUGCACUAAUUGGCUCAGGUGCUUGUCUUGGUUGAUGGUGUUGCAUAUAUGUGCGCAUUGUCUCGGUCUGAGGUAGUUUUUGUUAUAUCCAGUGACUUUGUGUAUUAAUCAGUAAAUUGUUUUUCAAGACAAAAAAAUAACAAAACUGCAAUGAGGUAAGACACCCCCUAUAUUAUUUUCCCUGCUAUUCCGUCGUUGACCAAAAGCAAGAUUUCGGCGGACACGCUGCGGAAUCCAUCGUCUCCCACCUCACCCCUCAUGGACUCGCUUCUCCCUUCCCUCUCUGUCCGUGGGGGGAAGUUUGGAUCCUCUCUGUAGAAAUAUCUGUAUGACGAGGGCGCAGGUGGCACCCAAAGGUCGCAGUCAUGCCGAUGCACCCAGUCACCUCCACACUGAUGUAUCGGGGCAUCUGCACCAUCCCUGACAUCCUCUCCUACAGCGCACCGGUGAACCUGCCCGAAGACGAAGUUGAAGAGAUCCGCGAGGCCUUUAAAGUGUUUGACCGUGAUGGAAACGGUUUCAUCUCAAAGCAGGAGCUGGGGAUGGCCAUGCGCUCCCUCGGCUACAUGCCCAACGAGGUGGAGUUGGAAGUCAUCAUCCAGAGACUGGACAUGGAUGGUGAUGGCCAGGUGGACUUUGAGGAGUUUGUCACUCUUCUGGGUCCAAAGCUGACGGCAGCUGGGUUGCCAGAUAAGUUCCACGGCACUGACUUUGACUCCGUUUUUUGGAAGUGUGACAUGCAGAAGUUAACAGUCGAAGAGCUGAAGAGGCUUCUGUACGACACCUUCUGUGAUCACCUCUCCAUGAAAGACAUCGAGAACAUCAUCAUGACCGAGGAGAACCACAUAGAGAACCCUGAGGACUGCCAGGUGGAUAUAGACAGUUCCAGCCCGACACAACAAGUCAAGCAAACUUGUGUGCGCAAGAGCCUGAUAUGCGCCUUUGCGAUUGCUUUCAUCAUCAGCGUAAUGCUCAUUGCAGCCAAUCAGGUACUGCGGAGCGGCAUGAAAUAGGAGCAGCCGCAUUUUCAGCCUUGACGACUACCUAAAGGCUGCCUUACAGAUAGAGGACUGAGAGGAUGAGGCUAAAAAAGAAAAAAAAAUACAACAGACAAUCACACAGCUGUAAAAAAUGACUGCAGCAUAACUGGAGUCACCAAGGACACUACAUGUGCAGGAAUUUAUCAAAGACAUGCUGAUGGCUUAGAGUUUCAAGGACCUCACAUACCGGACAGCGGUGUGUUUAAAAUGGACAGCUGACUAUACAUAUCACUCUUCGUAAUACAGCAUUUAGUAUAUUAGCUAUGUGCAUUUGAGCAGUGUUACGUUCAGUAUGGUGGCAGCUAUAGAGAGAAGUGUAGUAACUGUCCAGUUUUGUAUUUGUCCAGUGUACCAUGCGGUUUAUUAUAAACGAGUAGAAAGAAAUAGUGAAAUAUUGUGGGAACUUUGGAGAAACUGUAUUCCUGAGGAUGAAAUUUGUUAUGUGCAAGGUCUGGAGCGCACUGUGUUGUAGAGAUAUUGUAUGUGGUGCAACAUGGUUAAAAAAAAACACUUGGGAAUAACAAUAGCUUAAAGGAAAAAGACAAAAGGGAUUUGCAGGGAGGUGCAUGUGAUUGCGUGGAUAGCUUCACUCAUUCACAGAGCUGCAUGGCUUCAGUCUGAGGCGGAUGGAGCGGGGUGAAGCAGGUUAACAGCUCUCGGGAGGAAGGUGUUGAUGUCUGAAUGGACAGGUAACUGGCUGCAAAGUGGCUGGACGUGAAGUAAACACUCAACUCUCUUUGUCUCCACAGUGGGGCUUUGCAGGCCUCAGAGGAUGACCAUCAUCUAUGCAUGAAAUGCAUGGAUUUAAACAGUUGUCUUGACACAUUUGUAAAAGUUCCUAUCAAUGUAUUAAUCAUUAUGACUGUGUAAAAGAGCUGUUUUCAAUUACUUCAUGAAAACUGUGAGCAAUUGUGUGUGGUCUGGGGUAUCAGCAAUCACAACAAAAGUAAAGCAUACAACUGCAUGAAAAAGAAGGGCUGCUUUAGUACAUGCUCGUAAAAAUUAGUUCCGGGAUUGCUAAACUAUGGACCUUUUACCGCGCCGCGGCGUCUGAUGAUCAUCUGUCACUGCCACCGAAGAGCAAACAACUCCAAGCUGUGUGCAACUCAACCAUUUAAAGAAUAUGCAUCAAAACUGAUCUGGAUGGUAGUGCUGAUACAAAUGUGCAGGAAUGUGUUAUGUUCUUUUAUUUUCCGUAUGGAUGAAUUGCUAUGGAGCAAUAAAUGUGUGUAAAAUGCACAUUUCACAAUGUUUCGAACAGACAUGAAGCUUCAAAAAUGUUAGCAUCAAUGGACCUACUAACUGUUAAAGUCAGAAAAUGUUGUAAAGCACUUUUCAAAUUAAGGUUUUGGCAAUACAACAGAGACAUUGCCUCUGAUGUUCAAACAGAGGACAACCCUCUUAUUCAGUGAGACACAAAGAUCAGACAGAGUGGAAAAAUGCGUGUCAGAAGCUGUCCAGUGCAUUGAUGUUUGACAGGGGCCAAAUGGUGUAAACUGUUGCAAUAAAACAUUAAUAUCUGUGAAGCACCACAUGAAUUUGAUUGGGUGUAGUUUAGAUUGUUGUGCAUGCAUCUGGGUAUGGUCUGUCACUUUCAAUGUUUAUUGUGCAUAUAAACCAACUUCAACCAAAGCUUUGGAGGGAUCUGCGACAACAGGACUGAGCCACAUAACGAUAAACAUAAACAUAACGAUUUGAAUUAUUUAGAAGAAACCUGAGCCAGAAGUUAAAGAUUCAGUUUAACAUGAACAGAUAAAGAAUAAAAUGGGGUUGAGUAUUUGUAAUAUUUCAAUUGUUUCAUAACAGAUUAUCUAUAGAGUAUAUGAGGCAAUUCAUAAACAUAUACUCUAACCAAGAUGUACUUUGUGCCUAAACCUAAGCAAACAGUUGAAUUGAUCAAUUGAGUCUAGACUAAUGUGAUGUUGAAAUGUUACAAAUACUCUCUCUAUAUCUGUAGUUGGACUUGGUAAUCCAAAUAAAGUUUCACUUUUGUUUGAAAACCAAGUUUUAAUGUUUGACAGAGCCAAGAAAUGCCCUGAAACACAAGACACUGCAAUACAGAGAUCUAAAUAAUUCACAUCUUAUGAAUAUCCCUUUUUAGGAUCGCAGCUUCACAAACAUGGAUUUUUCACAAGAACCAGAACCUCACAGAGGCAAUAAAAUUAGACUACCCUAUUGCCCAGAGCCAGCCGGGAUAACGAUUAUCUAAUGCAAAUUGUCAAAAGUGUCAACUCCGAUGGAACACACAGGGAAAAAAGAGAAAAAAGCCCACUUAUUAACUAAUACCCAUGUUUCCAUUUUGCACUUUAAGACGUGCUGCAGCGCACAACAACAACUCACCGCCAUGAUUGUCAUAUCCAUUUCCAGAUAUACUUUAGGCAUAAAGAAUUACUUUACCAUAGAUGUAUCUAUUUUUGUGAUAAGAAUAUGAUGGACUAGAAUAUUAACUGAUCGACAAAUGAUACUGUCUCAUUGGUUUUCUAUUAUAUCAUUACUGAGGGGACAUUUUCAUGGGGAAUAAAGUUAUAAUAAUAAUUUGAUUUGUUGCCUUAUUCUUUGAGACACUUUGGCAUUGUGCAUACACAUACAAAUACACCAAUUAUGGGUUUAUAGUUUAUCACCAGAGCAAAAUGUAUAAACCAAUAUUUAUUUUCUUUUUACAGAUGAAAAAAAAACAACUGUAUGAACAUGUUGAUAGUCUACUGAAUGUCCUAUUUCCAUUGUACUGUACUUUGAUACUUGUCUUUGGAUCUUGCAAAAAUGUUUAUUGACCAUGUGAUAUCUGUUCAUUGACUCCACCCGAUGUUCUACUUCUAUGUCUGUGGAAUGGUAUUUCACAUGAAUAAAAUCAUGUAAUGACCA